AUGCCCAAGAGGUCCAAGAAGUCCGCGGCGGCGAAGCAGCGAUGGAGGAAGCUCGACCUGGAGGAGCUGACGUCGUUCGCCCCCCCCCCUGGAGGUACUUACACAACGGUGUCCCCCCCGGCCGGAGAGGAGCCUUCCAGAGGGUCAAGGACCAAGAGGACCAAGGAGACCCGCCCCCCCUGCUCCCGAGCUCCAGUCAGCAACGCGGUUGGAUCUUCACCCCCAGCCAAGCCGUUCUGGAGCCCGGGUGAUGUGCGUGCCGAAGUUCGUGCACGCCGCGGUACUGGUUACCGCCAUCGGGUGCUGAGGUGGCCAACUUCGAAGCUCACUGGACGGAGCCACAAGUUGGUCAUCCCACCGGAGUCUCCUGACAAGAAGUUCAUUCUGAUUGUUGGGGACUCCCAUCUCCGGUCCAUCGCUGACGGGUUCGCCGUGAUGCCAGAAGAUAAGUAUUCUUUUGGUAUCAUGUCAACCCCUGGGGCUCACGCCGCUGAGCUGCGGACUGAGGUCCUACAUGUUGUACUUCCUCGGUCCCCUCAUGCUGUCUGUGUUCUAGCCCCUAGUAACAACCUGACUGCCAGCAGGACCAUCGACGAGGCGGCCGUCGACUUUGCACGUUUCCUCACUGCUGUGAGGAGCCGCUGGCCGGAGGUCUUUGUGCUGGACUUCCCGCCCCGCCUGAAGGAGGAUGAGACGCACCAGGUCCUCCUUCGGCAAGAGUACCACCGCGUGGCAGCUCGUAUGGGGUUGAGGUACUUCCCUGCGGCGGAGCACUUCCCCCGUACGCGCUUGGAGCUGUGGAGCAGAGACGGCGUCCAUCUGUCCGACCGUGAGGGGAUGGGGAUCCUCACGCAGUUGCUGUGGAGCACCACCGACUGGUUCCUCGAGACACCGCCUCCACCUCCCCGGGUGUCUCCAACACCUUCACCGCCACUUAGGAGAUUCUCUCCUAAGCUGGUUGUGAAGGGAGAGGUACGUGCUCCACUGUCUCCUGACCCCUUCCAGUGGAGGGUCGUGGGUCAGAGCAGCAAGUCGUAA